UUGCGCUUGGUACUCUUUUUCACUUGUAAUAACUACGUGCACUUCGAUUUUCGAUCGACGUGCCCACAAUCUAGUUUAAAGUUGGUGCUAUUGUUGUCAAUUCUUAACUGGGUUAAUUUCGAUUUCUUUGAGGACAGAAGUGUUAAUUUCCCUGCAAUUCUCGUCGUUUCCCUUAAAACUGUUUCUUUAUGCCUCGGUACUUCUUCGAUGAUGACAAUUAGCUUCAGACUUGCCCUUUGAAAUCUUGAGUUUUGCCACUUUCCUGUAUCUCUGGCUUCAAACUACAUAAUAUUUCCAAUCCUCGAAUAAGUCUCUCUUUAGAGAUUACGUGGGUGAUCAGUAUCUGUAUAUAGUUUCAUUUGUAUGUUUAAGGAACCUUGUUAUCAUUUUAUCCGAAGUGAAUCUUAAUUCAUUAAUUGUAAGAGGAAAGCAUUGGUUUUUGAGUGGAUUACAGAGAAGUGGAAUUCCUCGGGCAUUACGUUUGUCGCUCACUCAUGAAAACGCCAAAGGAAAGAUCUACGGAGAUAGUUAUAUAUAGAGGUGUUAAAGAGGAAGAGCAGUCAUCGAGUUUAAAAAAUAAAUCUCAGCUUAACACGGGGAGGACUAAAUCCAUCCAUCCACCUAUUGAAACCCAUUGGCAACUCCCACCACAGGAAGAAUCCAAGUCUUCGAAUUCGGGCUUCAAGUCAAUGAUGUCUUACCCGUUCAAGUUUCGAGACUCCUUGAAGAAAAUUCGAAGGACCAAAAGCUUGCAAUUGGUUCUUGAAGGAGCACAUGAUCCAAAAGAUGAACAGCUUGUUGAGUCUUUCCGUAAACUGCUUUUUGUUGAUGGUCAUUUGCUGGGAAAACACAAUGACUAUCAUACUCUUCUACGGUUUCUACGAAUGAGGGACUUCGAUCUCUCAAAAUCAAAGGAGAUGUUCUUGAAUUAUCUCAAGUGGCGUGAGGAUUUCGAGGUCGAUACAAUUUCCAAGGAAUUUAAGUUUGAGGAGUAUUCAGAGGUUAAGAAAUACUAUCCCCAUGGAUAUCAUGGGAUUGACAGAUACGGUAGACCUGUAUAUAUUGAAAGGAUUGGGAUGGUAGACCUUAAUUCCCUUCUGCAAGUAACUCGCAUAGACAGAUUUGUUAAGUACCACGUGUCAGAACAAGAGAAAACAUUGAAUUUGAGAUACCCUUCAUGUUCAAUUGCAGCUAAGAGUCAUAUAGCAUCCACAACAAGUAUCUUGGAUGUAAAUGGAGUGGGAAUAUCUAACUUCUCAAAACCAGCCAGAUAUCUGUUUACUGAAAUUCAAAGGAUUGAUAGCAAUUAUUAUCCUGAGACUCUGAAUAAACUCUUUAUCAUUAAUGCUGGACCUGGAUUUCGGAUGCUGUGGAAAGCAAUCAAGACCUUUCUGGAUGCACGCACAAUGGCAAAAAUUCAAGUACUAGGCUUCAACUACAUUAGUCAGCUGCUUGAAGUUAUUGACCCAAGCCAUUUACCAACCUUUUUGGGUGGGAACUGCACAUGUUCUGACUAUGGGGGUUGCCUGUUAAGUGACAAAGGACCCUGGAACAAUCCAGAUAUCAUAGAAAAGCUUCAGGCAGUUUCUGCAACAGAACAUGCCUAUGAGGACGCAGAAAACGGUGGUGUGGCUUUAGAAGAUGCCUUCAUGCAGAAUAUGAGACCUGAAGAGUCGGAAAGGGUGGUGAGCUCAAAAUAUUCAGACAAAUUUGCAGUAAGAAAAACCCGGGCAUUAAUGGAAGUUGCACUUGAAGACACAAAGAUAAAAAUCGAGGCACUGGAAGCUGCACUUGGGGACACCAAAAUGAUUUUGGAAAGACUUGCACAGCAAAUACAAGAAGUAUUUGAACUUUAGUAGAUUGGUUCUUCAUUUGCUUCACUUUCUUCUGUAAACGAUGAUAAUUCAUAUUCAUAGUGACAUAUAUGGUAACUGGAAAAUAACCAUUGCAUGCCUCUGAUCCAUUUAAUAAAUUAAAACGACAUUGUUGAUGAAAAAAUAAUGAAUUCCCAGCUUUCUAUGGAGAACUCUAAGGAGCCAUGAUUA